AAGGAACGUGAAUUGGGCAGAAGGUGGAGCUAAAGGGCUAGGGGUGGUUGCCUUGGUUUUCACGAGAAUAGGGACGCUAAAAGCACAGGUGGGCAACAGUAAUAGAAAAUCAACCGGUGCAACAUCUGUCCACGCCUGAAAGCAUUAACUUUGGAAAAUGUCAGAUGAGGAACCUGAUGAUGAAAAUGAUACUGAAGAAGAAGUUGAAGAAAAGAAAGAAGAAAGGGAGGUGGAGGUGGAAGGCGAAGGUGAAGGCGAAGGGGAUGUAGAAGAGGAAGAGCCCCAGGUUUCAACCUCUCUCAAUGAGGAGAUGGUGAAGGAAGGCCUCUCACUUUUAUGUAAAACUGGCAAUGGUCUUGCUCACGCCUUUGUGAAAUUAGAAGUCAGAGAAAAGGAACUGACAGAUGUCACAUUCAUCCAUAAUUUCAUCCAUCUACGGUAUGUAGACUUGUCAGACAACUUGCUCCGUGAUCUCUCUCCAUUGGCAUUUCUCAGACAUUUGCUGUGGCUGAAAGUGGAUAAUAAUCGGUUAAUCAGUGCCAGCAUAGAAGAGUUGCCCUACUUGCAGAUUGCAAGCUUUGCCAACAACCACAUCAAGGACUGUGAUGGCAUUUGCCAUCCACGUUUGGUCAGCCUAAACCUGAGAGGCAACACGAUUGAGGUACUAUCAGGACUGAAUCCAAAUAUCCUGUCAAAUCUGCACACAGUAGAGUUACGAGGAAACAGUCUAAAGUCUACAGCUGGAAUCUACUUGCCUAAGCUCAAAAACCUGUACCUGGCUCAGAAUGCUAUUAGUCAUCUAGAGGACUUAGAAAAUCUGGAGCAACUCACAACUCUACACCUGCGUGACAAUCUAAUUGAAGUGUUGGAAGGCUUCUCAAGCAACAUGAAAUCUCUUCAGUACAUCAAUUUACGGGGAAAUGCAGUUGCACAAGUACAGGAAUUGGAAAAGUUGCAAGUGCUGCCCAUGUUACGAGCCCUGGUCUUGUUAGAGAAUCCUUGUUCUGAUGAGUCAGAAUACCGUCUAGAAGCCCUGGUCCUGCUCCCACACCUGGAGCGCCUCGAUAAAGAUUUCUUUGAGGAAGAAGAACGCAAUGAGGCUGCAGAUAUACGUCAACGGCGAAAAGAAGAAGAGUUGGAGUUGCAGAAAGAAAGAGAGAGAGAGAAGGAGCUUGAAGAAGCAGAAGACACCAUUCAAGAAGACUUAACGACUGAGUGACAAGUAUAUGUAAGUCCACGGAAAGGAGUAAGAGCUAUAAGCUGCCUUCCAGAGUCUUCUUCCCUGUGUUGUACAGCUCUGACCCAGUUAGCACUAAUCUUGGCAUGUUGCAACAGAAGUGUAUUGUAUAGUUCCUGGAUAGAACCAUAGUGGGUACCAUUUGUGGAUGGUUGUCUGUUCUUUCAAUAAGUUGUGAUUGAAGCAUUUCAAUUAAA